GCCCAGUACCAGCCGAUACAAUCCGACAUUGAACGACCAAGGUUCCUCUCACUCAUCCGAUCGUGUGCGGAACACGAUCUCUAUUCUUGCAUCCCAACGAUAAACUUUCUUCCCGGGAGGUUUUUGGCUCGGGUGAGAUAUCUCGUAGUCUCUCAUAAUGUCUUACAUCUGCACCCUCGCUAAGAGGGGAAGGAAACAUAGAAUAAGUGUUGGAAGACAUGAUUUGACCCUUGCAUCGAUUGGGCAGCGCUCCAAACUAAUCACCUCUCUCGCACUAGCAAUAUUCCCCCUGCAGCGGCUCCAGAACCUCUACUUGUUCCCAUGCCUAACAUAGAUGGCGAGCAUCCCGUCGAAAACCAUGCGCCGGGGGUCGACUACGACUAUCCUCAUAUGACGCCGCAUCGCUGGGUCGGAGGCUAUUAUUUUACGCAAGAGACCUCUCGCAACAGAUUGAUGCCGGCCCUAGGAUACGAACCUCCAGAUUCAAAUGACCAUGACAGGAAUCAGGACAUGCAUUACCUUAUUAACCACUAUCUGGCGGCAAAUAAUAUGACGAGUGCAAUGGCAUGCCUGUACAGACUGAGGCCUAAAGAAAAGAGAGGUUUCCUCCUGGCUACGCACAUUGAAAUUCUGCCAUGCCCAUGUUUGCCGAGUCGAAGGAUGGAAGAGGAUGCGCGCGAUGUUGAGAUAAAGAACUGGUUGCUUACGACAGGCAAUCUCGAUGAGACGGAUGUAGCAUGGGUUUAUGUGGUUGAUACAAUGUCGACCGGGCUUUUAGGAACCGAGGGUAUCAAGCCGGAGAAGCAUUGGGACUACGAAGCUCUGCUCAAACCAACUCGCAGCAUCACCAUGGAACAAUCUAUACGGGAGAUGGAAGCACAUGGGGAAAUGGUGCUCCGGCUGCGAUACGAGGCAGAAGUUCAAUUCUUUCAGGAGGGCAAUAGAAGUCAGGCCGAAAGUUCAACGAAGUCAGGCUGAGAAUUGAAGGGGAGAUUUGCAUAAGAGUACUUAGUAUGUAGCGGCGGAUGUCGUUAUCAUGAACGUCAGAGGGUCUAUGUAACGUCUGAUUGCCUCAACGCC